CUGCCUUUUUUCAGCUAUUUCCAAAACAUCCUCUCAAACGUCGAUACUGGAGCUGUGGAAGUGGAGUUAUUGGUGGACGGCUCCUAUAGAACAGUGAAAACCGAGUGCGUUGACGUGGACUCGGACGAUGCGUCAACAAUCGACGAAAAACCAUCUGCCAGUGUAGCUGCGAGUGGUUCUGGAACGGGUACUGCUUCAUCAAAGGCAAAGGCUGUCAACGAUGACGACAUUAUUGUGCUUUCUGAUUCGGAUGAUGAUGAACAACAAGCAGUUGAAAGAGCUAUUCGUGCGUCGAUAGUUGAUAGUAAUACGGUACACUCCACGUCCAAUCCACCAUUGUCACCAACGCCUCGUUCUCGUGACAGUUCCAUCAUUAUUCUGGACGAUGACAGCCCACCACGACCAUCUGCUCCUCCGCCAUCUAACCGAGAGAUGAGCUUCAAUGUUCGUCUUCAGACAUGUAACAAUUCGUCGUCGCCAAUAACAGUGUUAUCGUCAUCGUCCCCCACGUGCGCCUUUUCUGCUCCAACCUCCACGAUGACGAUGGCUAAUGGUGGCAAUGGGGUGAUGCCAGGUCGAGUGCCAACAAUUCAAACGCAUAGUGUACUUGCUGGUCAUCAGAGUAUCUACAACAACAGCGGUGCACUGUCGUACUAUCACCAGUCGCAAUGGAGUCAACCGGCAGCUUCACGACCGCAAUACCCGCCACCGCCGACGGGCACGCUGAACGCUGGCGCAUCGUUCACGGCGGCGUACAAGCAGUCGCUCACGGCGGCGUACAAGCAGUCGCUGGGGAGUCUGAUUGGACGUUAUCAGGCGACGAACAAUCCUACGGGUUUAUCUUUCAACUAUGCCACAGCCACCGCACCACCACCGCCUCCACAACAGCAGCCAACGUUCCCUGCUGGUUCGAACCUGCAACAGGUGCUGGCCUCCCUUGUUCAACAGAACCAAUUCACCAACGGUAGCGGUGGUAACGCUCCGUUGACCCAGUGA